UUUUAAAAGCAAGCAUGCUGUCACAUUGAGUUCACACGCAACGCGGUUGCUGUUUGUUUACAAUUUGUUAAUUGCAUUUAGAAUUAUUCUUAUUAGAGUACGUGCUAUGAGCGAAACGAGUCAGCCUGUAGAGGAUGCUGGCGACAAUGAGAAGCGCCCUCAGUUCGGCACACGUUUGCUUACGGAUGAUGCCGACGUGUUCAAACACAACGCUUGGUAAAUAUCUCGAACGGAGUUUUGCCAGCAAAACUUGGGAACACACUCGUCUGCGCAAGAAACCAAGCGGAGCUGGUGAUCGGAUACUUACUGAUGCGAGCGAGGUGUUCGAGUUUAAUGCAUGGGACCACGUGCAAUGGGACACGGACCAGGAGGAGGCCGCUCAAGCGGCUGUUCAGAAGAACUCGACGGUGAAGAUGAGUGACGAUCAGCGGGAACGCUUUCAAUCGGAUGCACCCAAGUUUUGGAAUUCAUUUUAUGGCAUACACGACAAUGGUUUCUUCAAAGAUCGCCACUGGCUCUUGACAGAAUUUCCGGAGCUGGCGCCAAAUGAGGCUAACGACAAAACACAACCGAGAAGCAUAUUCGAAUUGGGCUGUGGCGUUGGAAAUACUAUUUUUCCCAUACUAGAGCUCAGCUCGGAAACGCAGCUGCGGGUAUAUGGAUGUGAUUUUUCAGAGAGAGCUAUCGAAAUCUUGCGCAGUCAGCGACAGUUUGACGCCAAGCGCUGUGAAGUCUUUGUUAUGGAUGCGACAGAGGAGCAGUGGAAAGUUCCCUUUGAGGAGAACUCACAGGACAUAAUUGUGAUGAUAUUUGUUUUGUCCGCCAUCGAGCCGUCUAAAAUGCAGCGGGUGCUGGAGAAUUGUUAUCGCUAUCUUAAGCCAGGUGGGCUUUUGCUGUUUCGAGACUAUGGACGUUACGACCUGGCGCAGUUGCGAUUCAAGAGUGGCAAGUGCCUGGAGGACAAUUUCUAUGUACGUGGCGAUGGCACCAUGGUAUACUUUUUCACAGAGCAGGAGAUUCGUGACAUGUUCAGCAAGACUGGACUAAAGGAGGAGCAGCUCAUCGUGGACAGACGGUUGCAGGUCAAUCGUGGACGAGGUCUUAAAAUGUAUCGAGUUUGGAUACAGACAAAGUUUCGAAAACCACUGUAAAACGAUCUUGUUGAAUUAAAUAUACAAAAAGAAAAAAUCAUCAAGCUUUAUUUUAUACUCAAACUGGAAAAUACAAUUUAAUAGCGUGUUAUCACUAGCCCGUUAAAGAAGCCAAACUUCAUAUUUUGCAGUAAUAAAAAUAAUAUUGUGAUUUUGAUCGUUUUGUAUCAUAAGAGAAAUAGAAAAAGAAAAAUAGAUGGCGCCACAUUUGCGAAAUCAGCUGUUCAAACGAGCAGUUUCAAUUGAAGAUUCACAUGCUAAUAACGGGAUUUUGUAUUUGUCACGAAUUGAGAAGUAAGAUUAACUGAUAACUGAUUUAUUGAUUAAUUCUAAUCAGCUUAUUUGUACUAUAUGUUUUUGAAUGUCACUGAUGUAGGUAAACAACUGAACAAGCAGCUCAUUAAAAUUGAAUUCUACUUGGCGUCAAGACCUAAAAAAAGCGGUUUAGUUAAAAUUUUGAAAUAUGAGAAAAAUAUUUAUAAUGUUCUGUGCUAUCAAAUCAGAGUUUCAGUCUCAGCACAGAGCCAGUGUGGAAUUCCUUCGUAGGCAAAGGCUGUCGUGGCAAGUGGAACCCGCACAUACACAUACACACACAAACAUACACAUACCCCCGCAACUGUUGUUAACCGCAGCCAAGUCGUCGAGCCGUGAGGAGACCGUUUUGCGUGUCGUCUGUCUGUGUGUGUGAGUGUGCGUUGAGGUUCAUUGACGAAUAGUCGAAAAAGCUCCCAAAGACAAGAGAG